AUGCAUCGUUCCUAUUCUAUGCGAAACCCGAGAGCGGCCACCGGCAGCCAGCUCACGAAUCCUGUCCCUCAAUCGAACCUUCGUAAGGGCGGUAAGAAAAUGAAUCUUUCAAAAACAUUCCGCACCCAGUCUGUUGCCAUGUUCACACCCGAGAUGGCCAAGCGUUUGGCUGCUUUGGUAAAGAUGGAGAAGGGCCUCUUGCGUAGCCAGGAGGUCGUUGCCUUGGAGCGCAAGGAUUGCGCUCGUCAACUUUCUUACUGGGGUGAGGACUGUGACGAUGACAUUAGUGAUGUCAGUGACAAGCUCGGCGUGCUUUUGUACGAAAUCGGUGAGCUUGAGGAGACCCUUAUUGACCGCUACGAUCAAUACCGUCUUUCGUUGAAGAACAUUCGUGACAUUGAAGCUAGUCACCGUGAGCCUGACUCUCCCAAAUUGAUCACGUUGGAGCAAGAGCUUGUUCGUGAGGAGGCUGCUUGUCUUGUCGCUGAGGCACAACUUACAAAUAUCACUCGUGAAAACUUUAAGUUUGCCUUCAACCUUCAAUUCGAUGCACUUCGUGAACAUGCUGAAAAGGUUGCUAUGAUUACUGGUUAUGCCAAGAACUUGCUUGACCUUAUUGACGACGACCCUAUUACUCCAGGUGAGAUGCGUCCUGCCUAUGAUGGUUACGCAACCAGCAAGCAGAUCAUUCUUGACGCAGAGAAGGCCUUGGCUAGCUGGACCUCUGACUCGACUUCUAUGCACGCCAUGAUUGACGUUGACGGUUUGCCCAUUGAGCCUCGUGUUCCUGUGGGCUACACGACUAUGGACACUACUCGCUUCGACUCUUCAGCUGCUGUUCCUACCAUCCAAACUACCAACUACACAAGCAACGAGACUACUCGUCCUCGUUUUGAGGAGACCAACAAUGCGAUGGAUACUGAACUUCCUCGUUCUGCCUAUGUGAGUCACGUUGACCCCGAGCAACACGGCCAAGUUGUUCAGACAUAUGACAUUGGUGAGGAAGACGAUAUGGAGGCCGAAUCGGUAGCCGACAACGGCUAUUCGCAAAACACCCACACCCGUAUUGAGAGUGAAAACCCCUCUAUGAUGGCUGCUGCCGCCUAA